AUGAUUGGUAUUAUGCGUGAAGAUCUGACUUCCGUCAGCCAUUUUCUGAACACGAGCCCGCUAUCGAUAUUCGAGACGAACUACUGCGGACAGACGCCAGUUCAUAUUGCCGUUUUAGCCGGAAAUUCGUCAAUUCUCAAGCUUGUUCUAUCCUGCAGCAACGAAAAGCUACUCAACACGAUGGACUCUUGCAAGCAUUAUCCAAUAGACUAUUUGACACUUACACAGUUUCACAAACCUUGUCACGCCCAACGAAUGUCAGACUGCGAGGGAUGUAUAAUGUUGGAAGCUUUGCUAAAUGCCGGUAGCGGGCUUUUCCAACGCACCCUUCAGAUAGGAUUCGGGUUGGAACAUGCGAACAAAUGUAACCAAAGACCGAACCUAUCGUUCGCCGCGCGGGAAAUUUUACUUCGCCAUCUCAAAGAAAGAAGGACAAGACUACAAGACUUAGCAACAAAACGGCUUCCAAAGGAACAAAGAAGAGACUUGAUUUCACCUGCAAACUGUGUUCUAGACCGGAACGCUCCACGAGUCCAGAAGCUCUUGGAGGAUCAACACAGCUAUAUUCCCUCGGACCUGAAGGUAUUCAAUGGACAUGAGGACGCAGAGCCUUCGGAUUCCCCAAGAACAAUAUACGCCUACAUUUCAGACCAACCCACCGCCAAACUUGCCUGGGGACUCGGCUUCCAGGAUAUUGGGAUUGAUUCCAUGGACGGACUCUACCAUGCUUUGCGAGCGAUUUUAAACUCGAGCGAACUUCACCAGCAGGUUGUCCAAACUCACAUUGAUUAUAUUUCCUGGCUAGUACAUCGCGGAUUAGAUCUGAAUCUGCUCAUUCCUGCGACUUUGCUGCCUAAAUAUUUGCAGCAACGCUCUGAUCUAAGGAACACGGGAGCUCAUUAUCUUAUGAGGCUUCUUGGAAAAGUCACCACAUUCAUCGAUGGCACAAUCUUCACUUUACCCAAAAACCUUUCGGAAAUCGCCCUGUCCCAAUUUUCCGUCGACAGCUGCUCAUGUCCGUGUUCGCCGUCAGGAUGCAAUCCUCUGAUGAAAUACUUUGAUGAAUACAAGUACAGUCAUUCGCGCGUAGGCAUACCUUGGCAGUCUGAUUUGCUACUGAUGUGUAAGCCACUACUCAGGCUGGUUACGCAGAGUGAACGGCAAGGUCCUUCGUAUACUUGGAUAUAUCAGGCGAUCCUUAGGCGCAUCACUUUCGACGCUUUAUCUCUGCAACACAGCUGUUGCAACAUCCACCUUUUUCUCAGAACCCCAGAUACAGAAGAAGUUGCGGAAAGAUGGGCGCAAGAGAAACACCGUUUACUGCUUUUCGAAAAUCUCUGUGUCGAGUUCGAAGCUAAGUGCGGCGGGAACUCCAGGUUGGUACAGUUCGUUCGGGAUAUUUGGUAUCCUCGUAUGAUCUCUGAGCUGGAGCAUCUGGAGAGACAGGAAAAAGAGAAAAGACUAAGUGCAGAAGAGCGUCUAGCGGCGGAGGAGAUUGGUGUCGUUUGGGACUCAGACAGUUAUGAAAGCUUCACAAGCGAGGAUAAAGACUACGAAGGAGCACUGGAAUAUUUCACACGUAUGUUGGACGACAUAGUCCCGGAGCCUGAUAUGCAACUUCCAUAUGGCUUUGGGUUGUGUUAG